AUGGCGACGGCGGCGCAGCAGGCCCUCCCGGACGAGAUCCUCGAGGAAAUCUUCCUCCGCCUCCCCACGGCGGCCGACCUCGCCCGCGCCUCCGUGGCCUGCUCCUCCUUCCGCAGCGUCAUCACCGACCACUCGUUCCUCCGCCGCUUCCGCCGCCUCCACCCGCCACCUCUCCUGGGCAUCAUCUCCGCCGCCUCCUUUCUCCCGGCCCAGCCGCCCCACCCCUCCGCCGCGGCCGCCCGCACCCUGGCCAACGCCGACUUCUCUUGCUCCUUCCUCCCCUCCCGCGAGCGCUGGCAGCGGCACGACUUCCGUGACGGCCGCGCCCUCAUGGCCGGCGUCCCGGAGGGAAGCACCGUCGCUGCCAACGACUACGACCCCCGGUUCUUGGACAUGGACUUCGCCGUCUGCGACCCGCUGCACAGGCGCUACGUUCUGCUACCUCCGAUCCCCGGCGACCUAACUGCUCUGGUCGACCAACCGGACAUCUUGGAUGUCGAACGCUUCCUUUCUCCUUCCGGCGAGGAUGAGGAGUACGCGUCCUUCGUGGUCAUGUGCUUGGUGGAGUGCAGAGCCAAGCUUGUCCUCUUCGUCUUCUCUUCUGGUGUCGGACAGUGGCAGGCCAUCACGUAUGGCAGCUGGGGCGCCUUGAUCGCAGGAUCGGUUUAUUGUCAGCUAUGUUACCGCUACUGCGUGCGCGGAUGCUUCUGUUGGCCGAUGCCAGAGAUGAACAAGAUGCUCAUGUUGGACACUCGCAGUAUGGAGUUCUCCUCCGUCCAGCUCCCGCCUGGCCCCCGAACACGUCGGAUUGUCUUUGUGGAGGCAGAAGAAGGCAGGCUCGGAAUGUUCACUCUGCCUGAUGAUGAAUCUGAAUUUCCCCAUGUCCUCCAGUAUUCCGUGUUGCGAAAUGACGGGGAAGGUCAAAAUCAGUGGCAAUCGGAGGCGACAAUAUCUCUGCCAUUAGGUUCUCAGUAUAAAGCCAUGGGUGUAGCUGGGGGACAUUUGCUCCUCCAAGUGAUUCCAGAAGGCUUCUAUUCUAUCCCUAAGCCUGAAAGACCAGACUUGGAUUGUUUCACAGUGAAUCUCCAUACCUUGGAGCUUGAGUGGUUUUGUGGGAUUAGGCAUACCAUUCUACUUCCUGACCUCUAUGCCGGUUUCCCAUCAUGCUUUUCUGUACCAACUAUUUGAAGUGGGUUUAAUCUGCAUAUGGAGGGUCAUCUAUUCUUGCCGGGUUGCUAGUGCCGAUUACUGGGAAUACUGCUGGUGCAGAUUGGAAGGAUGGAUCAUUCAGUGCAUCGUCUGGACUAUGGAUUUCUUUUGGCUAGUUUGAGUUCUGUGCCUGUCCUUGUGUCUUACCAUAAUUCCAUUACACGUAUGUCAAGCGCAUAUUACCUUUUCCCCCCAAAAUGUCCGUAAAAGUCACACUGAUUGUUGGCAGAUUUAUUCAGCAGAUGGAUCAGUGCCGGUUUCCUCCCCGAGCAAGGCGAAACUGAAGAAGCACAAGAUCACAACCACGGCGGUGGGAUCAGUGACACCAAAAGCACUAGAGAUGAGGCCGAGGAUCCUCCCAUACCUGAUCAACUGAAGUCGCUUCUCCAAAUCUGGAACAAUGCAGCCCAUGGAGUAGUUUCUUUCUGGUUUUGAGUUGCAGAAUCCGUAAAUAGUAGUUCUUUCAGUCAAAACUUGUAGUUGGUCUGCUCUGUGGGUUGCUCGAGAAACCCUUUUAAGUGAGGUAGUAACUAAUAACUGAUAACGAUGACGUUUUGUUUUCGCAAUGGAAAUG